AUGAUGUGGCCACGACUUAAUCAAGCUCGCAUGAUUGCGUGCCUCCGAAACCGAGCGUAUACCUCAUCUGCUACUGCCAGCUCAAAGACGCUUCUGCAGACCAAUAAACAACUCAAGCAAACACUCCAGGGCCGCGAUAUACUGUUUUAUCAAGCACCUGCUGGUGUUAAGCGCACCUUCUUCUUCAUGUAUAUUUCGGCCGGUGUCCAAUUGUUAUUUUGGGGAAAUUUGGCAAGUUUGGCCUAUGUUACUUACAGCCAAAAAUCGGGAGAUGAAGAGGACGCUCCGGUGGUCUUGGCACCAAAAUAUAAGCGGGUGGCUAUUGCGGGAGGAUUGGUGGCCGUAGGCAUCGGUAUUGCCACUUUGAUGUGUGUAUAUCCAUGGCGAUAUGUCGAUCAACUGUGGUUGCUAAAAGGCGGUCAGCAUGUGCGGCUCGUGACCCACGCCAAGUUACCGAGUCAUCGAUCGAGAGAAUAUCCUAUUCAACAGUUGUACUCUAAACAAAAGAUCUUUACGGGUGUAGGGCCCACCGGCACCGACGCGCUCGGUCAAACCACCUCGUCAAGCGUGUUCCUCCGAGCCAAAGGCGAACGAUUAGGAUACACAUUAGAUCGCAAAGGUAAAUUUACAGACAGCAGGCUGUUUGAUGGCUUGUGGUACAAUCUCUCCGCCAAAUAA